AAUUGCCAACUGAUAGGUCGAAACAACAACAACGCGUCAACAGUUAAAUAAUCCAAUAUUAAACAACUAAGCGUAUUGAAUAACCCUACUUUUAUGACAAGGCUAGCAAAUUUUUUAUACUUGUUAUAAUAAGGAGGACUUAAUUUCACUAGUUCACCUUGUAUUAUCCGUUUCCAGAUAUCAAUCUAGUACAAAAUGACAACCCCAUUUGAGAGAUUGAAUGAUGCCUUAGGCCAUCUUGUAUUAAACGAAGAAGGAGCAGUUACAAGUUCAGGUGGAGACUUGGAGAACAAGGAAGAUAUGGCACAAAAGUUCCUCCACCUUGUAAGAACAGCCUUGAGAAUUCCAACCAGCCAUAAGGAUAAGUUCAAAAGACUAUCAGUUGUCUGGGACAGCUUCAUGUACGUGAUCACGGUCUCCAAUCACAAGAUCUACAUCUGCAAGAAACAGUUUGUCCCCACUGAGCCCGUCACAGCUUGACCUCGACCUUGGGGAUGUAGCAAAUUAUACUCAUUAACUAAAUGCCUUUACCACUCAGGUAAACCUAUUGACAUGUUUGUAAUCCCUUUGAAUUUUCAAAAUCAAAUCAUUUUCAACCCUAAGAUACCGAUGAGCAGCAAACAGCAUAAAACCUGAAUAACUUGCAGGCUGUUCUGGUUUUAUGCUGGUAGCAUAAAGGCAUUUUUAACCAGGUUUUCCGAAGGAAAAAACUGGUUAUUAGAUUGGCGAAUGCGGGCGGGCUGGCUGGCGGGCUGGCUGGCUGGCGGGCUGGCGGAAUAAGCUUGUCCGGGCCAUAACUAUGUCGUUCAUUGUCAGAUUUUAAAAUCAUUUGGCACAUUUGUUCACCAUCAUUGGACGGUGUGUCGCGCGAAAUAAUUACCUCGAUAUCUCCAAGGUCAAGGUCACACUUUGAGUUCAAAGGUCAAAAAUGGCCAUAAAUGAGCUUGUCCGAGCCAUAACUAUGUCGUUCAUCGUCAGAUUUUAAAAUCAUUUGGCACAUUUGUUCACCAUUAUUGGACGGUGUGUCGCGCGAAAUAAUUACGUCGAUAUCUCCAAGGUCAAGGUCACACUUUGAGUUCAAAGGUCAAAAAUGGCCAUAAAUGAGCUUGUCCUGGCCAUAACUAUGUCAUUCAUUGUGAGAUUUUAAAAUCAUUUGGCACAUUUGUUCACCAUCAUGGGACGGUGUGUCCCACGAAAGAAUCACGUCAAUAUCUCCAAUGUCAAGGUCGCCACGACUAAAAAUAGAUUUAAAAAAAAAAAAACAACUUACAAAGGGGGUUAAUUUUUUUUUAGUCAUUUCAAAAGUUCAGUUUGAGUUUUCUCCCUUUAUCAGAUUGUUUUUUUUCACAAUGAAAACCUGGUUUUGUGACAAUUUUGUCCCUUGUCAAUUUUCUUCUGAGUGGGAAAGGGAUAACACUCUUGCAUAAACUGGUACAUUUCACUAAAAUCAUGUAGUAUAGACUGGAUGAUAAGCAACGUCAUGCCGAAAUGGGUCUCAUGCAAAAUAUAGUCAGCGUUGCUCCAACACAGCCUGCGCAUCCGGCCAGUCGGGUAAGGAGUGCCUAUAAAAUCCUUGUGUGACUUUUAAGCUGAAAGGGUAGCUCCUGACCAGACUGCGAAAAAUACUGUACAUAACAAUGUAUUUAUAUAAUCUUUUAAUUAGCAAAGUUUGUGUGACAACAAAGAAAAAAGUCAGUAAGAACUUU